UAUAGAGAUCCAACUAGUUUACAUAAAAAAUAUAUUUAAUAUUUUAUUGUCAAUAGAUCUCUUGAUUAUACUUCUACUCACUUCUAGAUCUAGACCUAUAUCCUAUUUUGAUAGAAUAUAAAAUAGGAUAGAUCUACUUUUUUUUUAAUUCAUAUUUGAUAGGAAAAAAACUAAUAUUGUUAGAUUCUAGAUCAUAGAUUACAUCUAGAUCUAUUUAAUAAUAAUAAAUAAUCAAACACGUUACAAGUUACAGUAUGUCGUACAGAGAUCGAGAUAGAAGUCGGGGAUUUUCUGGUAGAUCUGAUAGUGGCUCUCGAGGACGUUUCGAUAGAGACAGAGGUGGUGGAGGCAGAGGAGGAGGUGGAAUGGCAGACAGGGGCAGGCCCUCUUUGAAGGGGACACAACCUGGUCAGAAUUUAAGGAAACCAAGAUGGGACAUGAGUCGACUACCAAAGUUUGAAAAAAACUUCUAUAAAGAACACAUAAAUGUUAGUCGUAGAUCUCAGCAAGAAAUUCUUCAAUUUUAUGAAGCCAAUCAGAUUACUGUGCAUGGGAAGAGCAUACCUAAACCAAUUUUUACUUUUGAGGAAGGAAAUUUUCCAGAUUAUGUGAUGAAUCAAAUCAGAAAAAAUUGUUUUCAUUCACCAACAUCCAUUCAGUCCCAAGGUUGGCCCAUUGCUCUGUCCGGGCUCAACAUGGUUGGCAUUGCACAAACUGGCUCUGGCAAAACUUUAGCGUUUAUGCUACCUGCUAUUGUUCAUAUAAACAAUCAACCAUACUUAGAGAGAGGGGAUGGACCUAUUUGCCUAGUGUUGGUGCCUACAAGAGAACUUGCCCAACAAGUACAACAAGUAGCCCAUGAGUUUGGUCAGACCUCACAAAUAAGAAAUGCUUGUGUAUAUGGAGGAGCCCCUAAGAGACCUCAAAUUAAAGACUUAGAAGAUGGAGCUGAAAUUUGCAUAGCAACACCAGGACGUUUGAUUGACUUGUUAGAAUCCAAUAAAACAAAUUUAAGAAGAACCACUUAUCUGGUGCUGGAUGAGGCAGACAGAAUGCUUGACAUGGGAUUUGAACCUCAGAUAAGAAAAAUCUUGGAACAAGUCAGACCAGACAGACAGACUCUUAUGUGGAGUGCUACGUGGCCGAAGGAAGUUCGCAAACUGGCUGAAGAUUUUCUUCAGGACUAUGUUCAAAUCAAUAUUGGUGCCCUUCAGCUGACAGCCAAUCACAAUAUUCUGCAGAUCAUUGAUGUCUGCAUGGAGUUUGAGAAAGAAGACAAACUUGUCAAACUUUUGACAGAAAUAAUGCAAGAAAAAGAUAAUAAGACUCUUAUUUUUGUGGAAACUAAGCGUAAAGCUGAUGAUAUUUCAAAACGAAUGAGAAGAGAUGGGUGGCCAGUAAUAUGCAUCCAUGGUGACAAAUCACAACAGGAAAGAGACUGGGCAUUGAAUGAAUUUCGAAGUGGCAAAACACCAAUUCUCCUUGCAACUGAUGUGGCAUCUCGGGGGCUGGGCAUUCAAAUAUUUGCUUUUGUUUUUCAGAAAGAUGUUGAAGACAUCAAAUUUGUCAUCAACUUUGACUAUCCCAAUUGUUCAGAAGACUAUGUUCACCGAAUAGGUCGUACAGCACGGUCUACCAAUACUGGUACUGCCUAUACAUUAUUCACCCCAGCUAAUGUAAAGCAGGCACCUGACCUGAUUUCUGUGCUUCGAGAAGCCAAACAAGUAAUAAGUCCUAAGCUCCUUCAGUUGGCAGAAUCUAACAAGGGUUAUCAAGGAAAAAGUCGUGGUCGAUGGGCUGGAAAAGAACGAACAGUCAGAGAUGACAGUAGACCUGGCCUACGUGACAGAGACCGCAGUACUAGUGGCCGUGGGGGCAGGGGAGGAGGGGUAGGAGCUUUCAGCUCUCGUGUUGGCCAUUCUGUAGGAGAAAGACCAGGUGGUCGGGACCAGUUUGGCAGAGAUAAGCCCAAUAUUUAUUCUCAAGAAUCACAACAGAAGCCCAGUGCAUUUAGCCAGGGGACCAGCAAGCCUAAUAUGUUCAAUCAGCCAGCUCCUAGAGGAGCCACUUCCACCAAUAAUUACCAUCCUCAAGGCUACCAGCAGAAUGCCCCUAAACCAUUAAUGGGAGGAGGAGGAGGAAACUUCCAGAGUGGGUCACAGAACAUGAACAGGGGCAAUUACCCCCCACAACCCGGAGGGUUCAGCCAGAAGCCUCCUAUGCCUCCACCACAGAACUACAACAGCCAGCCAAUGUAUAGUCAACAACAGCAGCAGCAGAACUGGGGACAGCACCAAGGGGGUAUGCAGCCACCUUUUAGACCUCCUCUACCUAUGACCACCCCUCCACCUCCACCACCACCACAACAUCAGGGCUAUUAAGUAAGGAGGGAUAGAUCUUGAUCAUGAAGAUAGUUCUCACCUAUAACCACCCCUCCACCACCACCACAACAUCAGGGCUAUUAAGUAAGGAGGGGUAGAUCUUCAUCAUGAAGAUAGUUCUCAACUAGACCAAUUAUUGUUUUUAUAUGAUAGUUUUGUAUAUAUAUAUAUAUAUAGCAUUGUCAUCAAAAUGUUCAAUUACUUUCAUGAUUUUGUCUUAAUUGUAUGUGCUAUUUUUUUUUUAAAUUGAUAUGGUAAAAUGUUUUAGUGAACUGUUAUUUAUAUGCAAAUUGUUUAUUUAUUUUAUUGUCUAAGAUGAUUACUGAAAACUUACAUUUGUAUUAUUUUUUUUUUUGUGCAUGGAAAAAAUUGUUAAAGAAUCAAUUGGUAUUCUCAACAAGUUUACUUUAUCACUAGUUAUGUAUUGCAAUAUUAAUAUGCAUUUCAUCUUUGUAGGUUAUUGUUCACAUUUAAAAAUGUAGCACAUCUUAAACUGAUAAUAACUUGACAGUGUAAGACUAUGAUGUAAUGGUGAAUGUAUCCAGUUUCUUUGAACUUAUCUUAGUUUUUCUUUAACUAUUAUUUAUUAAUGAUUUUUAGCUAUAUCAACUCUUGAAUUUUUUUGUGAUUACUAUGUGUUGCUAUUUACCCUGUAACUGUAGUCUAUAUUCUAUUAUUUAAAACAUGUUGGAAUAUAAAAAUGUAUAAACAUAAUAAAUAGCUGUAUAAUACA